UCUCCUCCGCGAUUGCGUCCCCGCUUCCGCUUCUCCCCUCCAGUCUUCCUCGGUUCCUCCCACCCUCCGCCUUCCUGCCGCCCACGCGACGUUCCUCGGGCCCGUCGCCUUCCCCGGCUCACCCAUCCACCCCGAUCUCUCUGACGCGAGAUACUAGUUACGGUGGAGCUCGUUCACUCGGAAAGUGCCGAGGCCCAGACUCCCGGAGCGGGAGAGCGGAGACCUCCGGUGCUCCUGCAGGUGAUACUUUUGUAGCCUUGCUAAUAAUGGUUAAUAUGAGGGACAGUGAAUCGCCAUAUGAAGCACAAAUGGAAGAACCCUUAGGGAGGGUGUCUAUACUUUCUUACGGUUCUGGGCAUAUGCUUAAUGACAUCACAUCGUCGUGCUGGUUUACCUAUUUGCUGGUGUUUUUGACUGAUGUGGGACUUAGUCCAGGCGAUGCUGCUGCUGUCAUGCUUUCUGGACAGUUGGCGGAUGGAUUCACAACAAUCUUUGCUGGGGAACUGAUAGAUCGUUUUGGGCAUUUCAAACUGUGGCAUGCAGGAGGAUCUAUUUUAGUGGCAAUUUCCUUCUCAUCUGUUUUCGGUAGCUGUGUUCCUUGCAAACUUAUGGGGACUAGUUCAUCUACUUUGGAGACUGUUGGAUACAGCACAUUUGCCGCUAUCUUUAAUGUUGGUUGGGCAGUUACUCAAGUUGCUCACAUGUCAAUGGUGAACUGCAUGACAUCAAACCCAUCUAGCCGGGUUUCACUUGUAAGCUGUCGUAAUGCCUUCACAAUGGUUGCAAAUCUUAGCCUGUAUGGAAUUGCUUUGUUGAUGUUUACUCUAUUGCGGUCAGUGAGCGUACUGGUUCAGUAUCGGUGGAUUGCUUAUGUGUCCAUUUCCCUUGGAUCUUGUUUUGUUGUCAUCUUCUUAGUUGGAACGAAGGAGCCAGGGUCAAUUCAGCACUCUACGGAUCAGAACCUUUCCAGAAUUUCAUGGGCCUACUGGUUCAAGAGAGUAUUAUACUACCAAGUUGCUCUAGUCUAUACUCUGACUAGAUUAGUGACCAAUGUUUCACAGGCAUUUCUUGCUUUCUAUGUGAUAAAUGAUUUAGAAAUGCCUCAAUCCUCGAAAGCAUUGAUUCCUGCUAUUAUCUACGUCUGCAGUUUGAUAGUAUCUGUAAUAUUACAGGAGACUAGGUGGUCAAGUUGGCGUCUCAAACUUUACUUUUCAGCUGGAGCAGUGCUUUGGAUAUUGUCAGGUCUUGGGAUUGUUCUUCUACCAAGCAGAUUGCACAACGUCAUGUAUGCCAUUUCAAUCAUAAUAGGAGCUGCCAAUGCACUUAUGACAGUGACAAGUAUUAGCAUGGAAGGUGUUUUAGUAGGAGAAGAUCUGAAUGGUUGUGCUUUUGUGUAUGGCUCAUUAAGUUUUGUUGACAAAGUAUCAUGUGGAAUAGCCCUGUAUAUACUGGAGUCCUAUCAAGGAAGUACCCACAUAAGAUCAAAUUCAGUAACGGCAUUUGGUUAUCCAGUUACAAGAUUUGGUUUGGGCUUUGUUCCAGCUGCCUGUUCGCUGCUUUCAGCAAUAGUAGCUUAUACCAUGGACCUCCCUGAUACUCGGCGAAGACCUUUGGUGGAGCCCCUUCUAGCAUGAUUUUGCUGGUGGCACUGUUACAGUUGAAUGUCAACAUUUGGUCAUUAGUAAUAGACACAUGGUCACGCAAUGGAAUGACUGGAGCCUGAAGUUACUAACGACAUUAUAGGGUGGAGGAAGUGAAUCACUCUGUUCGCUGGGCUGGAGCUGGUGGCUGGUGCUGGAGUGGUGUGAGAGAAAAACACUGUUGACUGGCUGGUGCCUAGAGGCUGGUGCUGGAGCGGUGUGAGAGGAAAACACUAUUGAGCUGGAGGCUGGUGGAGCUGCCGAACACAGUGAUUAUGAUGGAGAGAAUGUACUCAGCGACGCGUUGAGUACGAAUUAAAAGUAGCAUAGGAAUAGGAAGACUUCAUUCCACAAUCCAUUGUAAAUGCAACUUAUCUUCAUUGUUCAGAAAGUGCAUGGCGUGUAUGGCAAUUAUUUUGAAAGCAAAUAACUGCCGCAUAGGCAUAUAUAGCGCUUGCCAAGGGAAAAAAAAAUGUUUACUCUAGUUUUUGUUUUAUAGGACUAUAAUUUCAUUGUACAUAUAACACCAUGAUUCAAAACAAACAUUUCAUAAUUAAUUAAUUAUAUUGACGGAUGAAA